AUGGCUGAUUUAUGUUUUAUUUGUGAUAAGUUACUUUCUGAAGGUGAUUAUGUGACUGUUGUGCGCGGUACAAACACUUUAAAAGAAGCAAGUAUUGAUAGAAAUGAUGGGCACAUAAACUACCUAAAUACUUUGACUUCCGUGAACGUUCAUAUUGAGUGUCGAAAAUUGUACGCUAGUAAAAAUUCAAUUGCAGCAGCUAACCGUCGCUUUGAAGAGACUGGACCUUCAACGUCAUUAACUGUACCACGUAAAAAAAGAAAUGAUGUAUUUGAUUUUAAAAGAUUGUGCUUAUUUUGUGGUGAAGUCGCAGAUGAAGCAACAGAGGUAAAAAAAUCUGCGAAGUACAAACGCGUUAUCAGUAAAGUAAGUACUCUUGAAUUUAAAGACAAGGUCGUAAAAAGAGCAGAAGAACGAAGCGAUACUUUGGGAGGAUUAGUGAUAGACCGUGUAUCUUAUCUGCAUGAUUUGAUUGCUGUUGAAGCAAAGUAUCACACCGUUUGCUACAGCAAUUUUUUAAAGCCAGUACCAUCUCCAAUAAGAAAUAUUCUCCAAGUCGACGAAGUUACACAAGCAAUGAAAGAAAUUUAUGAAUAUAUAGAUGAUCAUGAAGAUUCGCAAUUUACAUUGGCAGAGCUUAAAAAUGUCCCUACGGAGUAUGUACCCGAUGAUAAGACAAUCAUUACUAAACUACAACAGAAGUAUUUAACUGAUGUAAUAAUUACAAAAAAAGUAGGAUCAUUUACUAUAAUAUCUUUUCGCGACGCACAAUUCAACUUAUUAUCUAAGCCUUGGUACGAGAAUACAAAAAGCACUCCUCAAGAAGAACGGUUACGAGUAGUCGAAGCCGCUGCGGCAAUUAUUAGGGAAGAUAUUCGUUCAUCUGUAGUCGAAACAAAAUCUUAUCCACCUCCGAGUAGAAUGCUAGAUGAUGUAAACGCUGUAAUACCAAAAUCUUUACUACAUUUUUUACAAGAAGUUAUAAUGAAAAAAAGAAAAGGAAACACUGAUCAUUUGAAAACGAAAUGCACAUCUAUAAGUCAUGCUAUAAUGGCUUCUUUACGAGAACGGUCAUUUUCAUCACAAUUACUGUUGGGCCUGUCUGUAUUUCUUCAUAGAAGAUAUGGAUCUAAAAGAUUGUUAGAUGUUUUAUCAAGUUUAGGAUUUGCAGCUACGUAUUGUAAUACUGUACAGUAUGAAAUUUCUACGAUUUACCACCCGCAGCCUCAUAUUUUAUCAUCAGAAUCAGGUGCGCUAGUACAAUUUGUUGGAGACAAUGCGGAUAUAAAUAUUAACACUUUAGACGGUAAUAAUACACUUCAUGUAAUGGGAAUGAUUAAAAUUAUCACUCCAAAAGAGGCUGUUCUUUACAGUGAGCGCAUACAAAAAUGUACAACGAAGCCAAGUGCAAAAGAACUAGCAGCAAUAUCACAUGUAUCUCUACAAGCAUAUGAAACGCCGGUUAUACCGGGGUAUAGUAAGAUUCAAGUAGAAAAUCUUCAUGGCGAUCUAGAAGUACUCACUCAAAAACGAUUAAAUGAAGUUGAUUUUUUGUGGUUAUACGGGAAAUGGAAAAAUAACUCAUCGUUGCCUGGGUGGAAUGGAUAUCUUCAACAAAUUACUAGUAAUAAUAAGGAUUUUUCAUCUUCUCAGGUUAUGUUUCUGCCUUUUAUUGAUAAUCCUGCCAGUAAUUUAGACACAAUUUACACCACAUUACAUUGUGCUAUUAAUACUGCCAAGUCACAUCGACAAAAAACGUAUGUUGUAACGUUUGAUCAACCCCUUUACUCUAAAGCUCGUGAAAUGAUUGCAGCCUCAGCUGCUAACUCAGACUUGUCUAAAGUAAUUGUUAGACUAGGAGGAUUUCAUAUGCUUAUGUCCUUUCUUGGAUACAUAGGGUAUAUAAUGGACGGAAGUGGACUUAAGGAAGUUUUAGGUAAAAUAUAUGCUACAAAUUCAGUCGAUAAAAUGCUAAAUGGUCAUGCUUAUGCGAGAAGUAUUCGAGGUCAUACACUAUUACGACUUGCAUUAUCAACAAUGAUUUUCGAAGAAAUGAAAAUUGAAAGCUGUAUGUUAGAUGAUUUGAUUGAACAAAUAACUUGCCGCGAUGUUUCUUAUGAAAAUGUUGAAGGGUGUGUAAAUAGUUCGGCCACAUUAAUUGAUCAAUUCCAAGAUAAAUUAAAUGAAUUUAAAACUCGAGGUCCUACAGCGCAGUUAUGGGUACAAUACUUUAAAAUGGUAUCAAUAGCUCUAGACUUUGUUCGAGCCAAAAGACUGGGACUUUUUCAAGAACAUCUUGAUGCAGUGCGAAAGAUGCUGCCGUAUUUUCACGCCAGUGGUCACUUCUUAUAUGCAAAAUCAGCACAUGUUUAUCUUCAAGACCAUAUGAAAUUGGAAGAUACGAUGGAUGAAGUCACUUUUGAAAAUUUUAAAAAUGGGUUCUUUACUAUAAAACGGACAGAAAAAUUUAAUUCUGGCACAUGGACUGACAUGGUGAUAGAACAAAGUCUAAUGAAAUCUAUGAAAUCAGAAGGGGGUUUAUCUCGAGGUCGAAGUACACAAGAAAGUGUUUUAUGUAAAUGGGUGUAUGCCAUGUAUGCUACAAAUAUAAUUUGUGAAGAGAUUGAAUAUUUUUGUAACAUUUCUCUAGAUUCGCCAGAACAACACGUGCAUGACCAAGUUAAUUGUCACAAAGCCUAUGAUGUCGGACUUGAUUCAAUGAGCAAGAUAACUGGUUUAAACUUUAAUGAGAUUAAGCUAAAACGCGCCGAUAAAGUUUUACCGCUCUCCGUUGUUAACAAAUCUGUCAAGAUUAACGAUUGCAAAGUUUCGGUAGAUCCUUUGCUACUCUUCCAAAGAAUAACUGUAAGUAAAAAAUUUGAAAGUAACCUGCAAGAAUAUCUUCAAUAUGAACUCAGUCCGUACCCGACAUCUUUAUUUGAUAACAAUGGCAUGAGAAAAACCAUGAAAUCAUCUUUAUAUCAGAGCAAUGAUUUACAACCCCAGGAAUGGGGUUGGGUACUGGAAAAUGAAACCCUAAUACCGGUAACAACACUUUUACCACCUGCACCAGAUGAACUUCUCACUUCAAUAUUCUGCAACUGCAAGAAUGGUUGUGGUUCGCGUUGUGGAUGCCGUAAGUCAGGGAUGCAAUGUUCUUUAGCUUGUGGUCAAUGCAAUGGAAAUGCAUGCCUCAAUGCAAUAUCAUACCCAUCAGAUGUUAAUGAAGACAAUGCAUAUGACCCUGAAAUUUUUGAAGAUAUGACAAUUAAUGUCAAUGAUACCGAGGAGAGUGAUGAGGAAGAAUAA